AUGCAACCUAAGGUUGUUGUUAUCUAUGAUGAUAGCCAUCGAUCUACGUUUCAGGACUGCAAUGAAAAAUAUUUGGAAUUUUUAUUAGAAGUUCAAGGAAAAAAUAAUAGUUUUAAUAAUAAGAGCUGUGCAGAUCUAUGCUCAGGAUGCAAUGAAAUAAAUAAUAGUAGGCUCAAAUUAAAAGAAGAGGGUCCUAAAGAAAUUCUUGCCUUUUUUGGUUCAUAUCUAGAACAGCAGUUAAACAGUUUUUGUAAAAGAUGCUAUAAUAAAUGUAAAAACAAUAGCAAUGUAACAUGUUGUAAUGAAGAAAAAGAUGAAUUAAAAUUAGAUGCUGGCAAAGUAUGUGAAGGGGGUAACGUUUGUAAAGGAUCUACAGCACCAGAAAUAGAAAACCUUAAGUCACAGCAUGCAAUGGAUCCACAAAUAUCUGAACCCAAAGCAUCGGAAAGCAAACAUUCCAAAGAACAACAUGAAAACCGUAAUAUUAAAAGUGAAUCAAGAGAAGAAAAUGAAAAUUCAAAUAAAUUGCAAGAAACAAUGAAUACAGUCACAUUUGAUGAACAUAAGGAAGAAGCCUUUUCAUCAAUAACUAAGGAAUAUGUCACUGUUCCUUCAAAAGGAGAGGUUACAGGAGAAUCUUUAUAUGUCACAGAUGAUUCAGCUAAUAGAGGAUUAGAUACCAAAGGAAAUUCUCAAUUUUUUCAAGCAAGGUUUCUUGAGGUAUCUAAUACAGAUGAUACACAAGAAGCAUAUAUUUUAACUGGGGAUGCUCCUCGAAGUAAAUCACAAGAAUUUGAAGGUCGUGCUAAUGAAGGAGAUAUAGUGUAA